AUGUCUUCAACCCCCUCUAUUGCCGAACUGCAAGCCUACUCUGAGGAGAUACAAGCCCUUUACAAGAAACUUCCCAACCUCCGCGACCUGCCCGACAACAAAGUCAACGAGACAGCCGCACUCGAACAGGACGUCAAGAACCUCGACGUGAAAGAACAGUCCCUCGAAGAUAAAGUAGACGCCUACGUUAAAGGGUUCCUCUACAUCGGCGGACCGAAACCUCGACGACAAAAGCAAUUACAAGGCGCCGCUGGCAGCCUCACCGACAAGAUCGCAAAGGAGUCCUCCGACUCAACCGCAUCCUCGCACGACAACCACGCCGAGGGCGGAAACCUACUCGCUUCAGCUCACAAUUCCAAGGGCCCAGCCAUUCCGGACAACAUGCCCAAGGCGGAGAGCAAGGAGGACCUCAAGAAGAGGGCUGAGGAGCUGAACAAAUAG